AUGGAGCCAGUAGUAUAUGAAGAGACCCCGUUCGCCGACUACCUCAAAGGUGAGGAAGCUCUCUCCCGGUCCCACGGGGUAUUUCCUUUUUCUUCGCAACCAUCUAACAUUGUCCGAGAUGAGGGAGAUGAGUCGCAGGCCGACUGGGCGCCUGGUAUAAUAACACCCGAACAUGAAUCGUCGGCAGGCCGUUCCAGUCCUUCGCCCCCCUCGAGCCCUUCUCCGUUCGCGCCCACUGGUAGACCCUUGGUGAAGCCGAGGUUUCGAAACAAAGCUCCAAAUGCGCUUCAAUUAAAAGUUCCUCAGCAACAAUCGGGGCUGCGAUCUGCAAGUGGAAAAUACUCGGCCGCGGUAGCAGCGAGUAUCGAUCGGGCUGACAACGCCAAAUUCCUCGAACAAUUCCGAUAUACGAUCAUCGCCUCGCAGCUUCUGAGUGGUCAUUCUGGACUAGGACAAUCGCAAAUUGGCGGCGGAGGACCAAGCCCGUCGUCGAGCAACCAAGAUUUGAUUUUGUCUACCGAAGGAUUUAUCGCAUCGAUCCUUGCAGCACUGGCUGUUGCGGUGGUGCUGAGCUGGGUUCUCGGAAGUGGAGUGAGCAAGAAAAGACUCAUAUUUCUGCUCCUCUUAUGCGCAGCUGCAGCUCUUCUGGGCCAGGUUUACAUGAAGCGCCAAUGGUUGCGCUAUCGAAGGUCGCAAUCGCUUUCCGAAAUCACCUCUUUCGUUGAGCACUCUCACAAUUUCGACAGUGCGACUGGAGCAGCUCUAUCUCUGAUACAAGAGGUAGAGUUAGUCUCCCGAGGCUACCGACUUAGCGCUCCUCUGCCACCAAUAAGCCGUAUAGAAGAUCGUACACAGACACGAAGAUGUGUCAGGUUGCGCAAAGCUUUGAGGCACUCUUUUGCCGAAGUUCUCGCUUCUUACAAUCAAGUUUGCACGGUUGUCAAUGGGUUUGCGGAACAAACGGAUUUGGAAAAAUACUACGAUAUAUACGACAUCACCGAUUUCGACAUGUCUGACGCUCGCCAGGGUCUCACCGAUGAAGAUCUGGAAGAUCCCGAAUCAUUAAGAACCCUCAAGAUUCUUGCUGCGCGUUUCUCUACUAUUCGAAAACUAUUUCUUUGCGCCCUUCUAGCUCUGGAUGCCGAGAGCGACGCGAAUGAUUUACUCCGCUGGACUACAGCGGUAGAAUCGCUUUUGAGCUUAAAUAACUCAACUCAAGCGGCACAUUCUAGAUUGCAAGGCAUCCUUAGCGAGGAAGACAAUUUCCCAUCUCCUCCGACACCGAUGAAUGCUCUUACACCAGGACGGGAACGUUGGCGGGCCCAACUUCGGAAGCUCGGCUCCCUUUCAACUGGAAUCAGAGGCUUGCAGGCCAAGCUACAACUGCUUCGAGAGGAAUCCGAUAGAAGUCUGAACGACUCAAGCGAUAUUUCAGAGCUUGGUCCGAAUCUCAUGUCGCAAUACGAGUCCAUUGGCAUGGAUCUGAAAGAACUAAUGUCGGCGUGGGAAGAGGGCAAGGCAGCUCUAGCGCUCGGUAUCGAUAGAAACGAAAAGAGGCUGUCGUCUAUGAGUACCUUGCUAUCGCCUGUAAGCUCUCUCAGCGGUCUCACGACUGUGGAUGAGAACGGCGGGACUGCUGCUGCGCUCAAGGCCCUGACAGGAGAGUCUCCUCCGAGCUCUGACUAUGCUGGUUCCACUGAGCAAGAUUCACCAGAAGUAUUUGAAGCCGUCGCCCUACCUCGACCACGGAGUAUGCUCACCAGGGAAGAGAGGAUAGCCAAGGUUCGCGAGGAACGAGAGCAAAAGGUCAUUGCCCGACAACAUGUCGAUGCUACCAAGGGCAUGCUCCGUGAACUGGAGACGGUCAUCAACUUACGGCCACGAACUCGUGCAAGUGCGCCAGCGGCGCGAAUUCCGUCUUUGUAG